CAUGAUGAGGAGAAGAAACGAAAAGAAGAAGAGGAAAAAAGAAGAAAGAAAAAAGAUGACGAGAUAAAGAAGAGAGAACAAGCAAACAAUCUGCACAACAAGAGAGCAACCGAAUCCAAACCACAAACUACACCGCCCAACAAGAAAUCAAAGAAACAAAGCUUGCUUGAUGAAAUUGCUGCGUUAUCACCUUCAGCUAGGCGUGCUAUGCCAGUUCUGUCAACACUGAGCCCUGAAUUUGACAAAGAAAACGAAAAGCUACAAGAGCACACAGUGACGUCAGCAGUUCGAGACGCUGCCAUGUUGUUAAUGGCAACGCCGCUUUUGGUGGAUGGACUGAUAGCCAAAAAUGGAAUGGACCGGAAGGGAUCAUGGCUUGGAAGAAGCAGUGGUCGUGUACGCGAUGUUGUGAAUCGGUAUAACACGUUAAACAACAUGAAACCAUUGAUUGAUCAGAUGAACGGAGAUGCAACGCCACUGAAAAGGCCACGAGAUAGUGUUGAUGGUUCUGUAGAAAUGCCGCGGAAAAUUGACAAUGGUUACGAGAAAAACGACGUAAACGAGAAAUUCUCCACCGAGGAAAAUAAGGAUUCGUUUGAGGUGAAACCAACACCUCCUUCGGAGAAGAAGAAGACUUUGCAGAUGAGAAAAGAUGAAAAACAGUUACUGCCCUCUCCCUCACUGGAAAGAUUAAAGAUCAAGCUGCAGGAUUUCCAAGAUGAUUCGUCUCGUGUCGACAGUGAUGUUUCUUCACCAAACGGACAUGUAGUCAAAGACUUCAGUUCUCCCAUUUGGCAAAAAACGGUGAUUGCAAAAGUUACAGAGUCGAACGACCAGAGUAAAGAAAACGAACCUGCAGAGGUGUCAAAAACAAACGAUGAGGAAACAGUGGAUGGCAAAUUAACAGCAAGUACAGUCUACACCCCAGAAAACGAGGAGGCUGUCAGAGACGUUUCUUCUCCAAGUUGGCAAAAAACAGCCAUUGCUGUAGUGGCCGAAAACAACGCGGACAAUAAAGAACAUAACAAGGAGGCCCCCAGUAUUUCCCGCAAAAGCGAAGAGGUGACAGAGGAGCGGUCCAUUAAUACAAAACCUUCUCAGGGAAGGCGUCGAUCUUCUGUGUUCCCGUCUGAACUGAUGGAGGAAAAAUUAACGAAUCUACUGAACAGCACAUCAGCUCUGAGGGCAAGAAAUUCCAUCAAAUACAUGAUCAGUAUCUUCAAGCAAAUUCAAAAACACCCAAACGAAGAGAAGUACUACAGGAUUUUCAAAGGAAGAGCUAAGUUCAGAAAACACGUGUGGACCGUGAGGAAUGCCAAGCUAUUUAUGACUGCAAGCGGGUGGACGGAGAUUGGGAGCUUUUUCAUCUUUCCUUUGUCAAAACAGAUUGAAGGACCUUUGUUGCUGUUGAACAAGUACCUAAGUUUGGCAGAAGAGAAGAGCCUGGAAGAAAACAGUAGCCCAGCAAAAGCAGAGCAAUCAAACCUGCGUAGAGCUAGCUCGACAGAUCUGGCGGAGAGAAUAAUGGAGCUGAAAGAAGCUUUAGUUUCAUCGAAAAACAAUUCCUUCAAGACUAACAAGUUUAGUAAUGGCGUAAAGAACAGAGAAUCAAAGAUAUUACAAAGAGCUGUUUCAAUGGAUGAAGUUAACAUCUUAAGAACAAAUGGUGAGACUAGUUCUACUCUGAGAUCUACGACUAAGGAUAAUGAAUUUCAGAAACCAUGGAGCCAUGCGGAAGAGAAGGAGAAUGAAUCAGGAUACUUACGUCGUUCUGUGAGCGAAAACGCGCUUCAUAUGUCUUCAGAAAAUGAUGACGAAUUGACAUCAACUUUCUCGCCAUUCACACGGAGGUUCUCUCAGCGUAGCAUCAAGGAACAGAAAACAUCCUGUGAUAUAGUUAUGGAGAAUCCACUGCACCUGGAAACUGUGCCUGUUGAUGAGAAGCCCAACCAAGGAAGCAUUAGCUCAUCAGAUGAAGAAGACUUGAUAAAGCCAAACAAACUAAUUACUGUUCCGCAUCAACGCCAAUCAGUACGGUCACCUCAGGAAGCCGUGCUAGAGGAAGCAGACCAGCUCUCCUCUGUGCUAGGAAAUCUUAUACACACUUUAGGCAGCUCUACAGAUUCUGAAAGAGAGACAGAGUCUGAGAAAGAAACAAAGAAAGAACCACAAAAUGGCAAAGUGAAAGGAAAAGUUCGAGACCAGAACAAGGACAAGGAAUUAGAAGCUCUUUGUGCAACGCUAGACUUGUUAAUCCAUGACAACAGCGACUCUUCCUCCGAGAGUGCCAAGGAAAAUAUCAAAGACAGGAAACCCUACAGUCCUCGUCAAAGGGAAAAUCGAAAAAGUGAUUUUAAACCUCCAUUGCCCCAUACCAGGAAAACAACAGAGCAGUUAGAGAAAAGCAAGAGUUUUGACAAUUCAUUUGAAAACUCUAAACGGAGUUCCAUGGCGAAUGGUCGCUCAAAUCGUGACAGAAUUUCAAAAGCGAAAAGCGUCGAUGUAGCACAGGUGACCAGCAAUAGAAGGCCAAAAGAUAGGACUACGAAUAUAAGUCAAGACAUGUCAAAGAGAAACCAAAAGAACACAACAGACCGGCGAGAAAGCUCUGUUAAAACACGCGCUCAGCGGCAAAAAGAAGCGAAGAACGCCGCUUUUCUGGAUAGCACUAAUGGACAAGACACUGCACCAAAUAAACGGGAUUUGGCUGCAAAAGCUCCAAAAAGAACGGACAAACGACCUGCUUUGAAGACCAAAAGCUUUGAUAUAGAAAGAUCAAGAACGCGGCCUCCAGUGGCUAAAUCAAAGAACUUGGAACAGCAAGUAAACGGGUUGAAGACGACCAGACUGAGUCAAGUUAAAAAGGGAUCUGGUCGAUCAUCUAGCAGUGAAGACGACAAAAAACCGCCUCGCUUAAGAAUAGCUGAUCAGACUCGAAUGAAAACUAGAAGUCAGAAUACUGGAAGAGCAAAUAACCGUGCACCUUUAUUAAAGAAUUCUAAAGGUAAAGGAGAAAGGUCGAUCACAGAGCAAGGUAAAGUAAAUACCGAGCCAUCCAGACCUGUACUUGAAAAUGCCAUCAAAAAAGGCACUUCAGCACAAACCUUGUCUCUUAAAGAAAAUUCUGGUGUGAAUAACCAAGAAAAUCCAGUCAAUAUUGACGAGAGUGUUACUUUCACUGAGAUGACCUCGUGCGAUCGAGUGAUUCAAGAUCAAGAUGAUAGUUGGACUAUGAUAAACAUCAUACCCGAGCCUGUGGUGGAACAUACUGCUGAAGAUCAUGCUAACUCGGAAGUUGGAAAGGAAAAAAAUGAAACACGUCUUGUAGAGGCUGAUGAAACUGAUCAUGUUUUGGUAGAAAACAGUGAUGAAAUCAUUAACUUAUCAAAAGAAAUUCAGUCUCACUACAGUGAAAAUGGCGCACAGAGGAAUGCCGUUGAUGACGGCACGAAAGAAACAACCAAGGAAGAUGGCGUCCCGAAAGGAAAGCAAGGGUUUCCUGGUGAUUCUGAGCUUCAUGGACAUGUGCAAGACGGCGAGGAACCAUCAGCUGCCAAACAGGAAGCUUGUCACGAAGAGGUUGAUUCUCGGAUUACGAAAGAUGGCAAUCCAGUCAUCACAGAAAGCGCCAAUUCAGACUACACUCAAACUGAUUCACAAAGUCGAAAGAUGACGUUAUUGGAUAUUGGCAAACAGCAAUCCAAAGAAAGAGUGAAAAGGAAAGAAGAAGUUUCUCUUUCACUUGAAGAAAGAAAAAAACAGAUACUGGGCGCUGCUGUAUCAAAACCAAAAUCUAAACCUGCUGAUAAAAGAAGAAGCAUCCUGCAAAUUAAGAGCCGUAGUGACGGAAAUCUAGUUAAGAACAAGAAAGAAGCGUUUGAAAAGCCGAAAGUGGCUCACACAACCUCGGAUAGUUCCGUAGCUAAAUCAUCCAAGCAACGACAUUUCCGAUUCCGCGGUCUUAGAAAGAAAUCUUUUGAGUUAUCAAGUGAGCCAUUAGAAGUGUUGGCUGAGGAUCACGAAGAAAGCGUUGAAGAAACGCCAGCAAUAUGUACAAAUGGAAAAUAUCCCACCAACCAGGUCAACGGGGUAACAGCUAAGGCGGAACAAAUCGACGAAAAAGUUGACAAAGGAAAGAGCCACUCCCCUGUCAAAAUAAGUCCAUUUCAGUUGCAUUUUAAAAAGCGGAAGGGUUCAUACGAUUUGGAGAAACGAGCAAGCUCAGGUAACUUGGAGUCACCAGAACAGCAUUCCGGCGAAUGUGACUGAAGAGUUCGGUUGACCUAACUUGACGACUAAUCUUUCUAGCGGAGAUGUCAGUCUUAGGAAACCUGAAACAGUUUUAAAUUUCCCUUAAGUCAGUAGAAGGAACAGAAGAGAAUCGUCUAGAUUAAAUACAGAGCAGUUGAAUUGAUACUGUUUCCCAUAGAAGGACUUGAAUCGCAUUUGGGGGUGGACCAUCUUGACUUUUGAGGGGCCGGUACACGUGGAUUGGUGAGUUUGAGAAAAUAGCCUGCAAGCAUACUUGUACCAAAAAAAAGAAAAAAUUUGUGCACGUUCUCCCUUCUCCGAAAAAAAGCUUGUUAUACGGAGAAAAAAAAA